AUGUAUAGCAAACAAGAUAUAGCAGAGGAUGAAUUAGAGGCACUGGUGGACUACGACGACCCCUACCCGUCCACACAAACACUGGGCAAUGAAUUUGUGAAAUUAAAAUCAGAGAACCGAGUGUUGAAACAAAACUUUAUACAAAUGACCAAGAUGUUACAGAAACACUCCAGGUUAAUGGCCCGCAAGGAUGAGAUUAUACUAAAGUUACAAGAUCAAUUUGCCAGCAAUCUUGGCCCCAAUAAUAACGGCAUUAAUUACAAUAUUGGCAGAAAAUUGUCGGUAGAAAGUGAUAAUAGUGUUAAUGACAAUAAUCAUAAUAAUUGUAUAGAAAGUAGUGGUGAAACACAACCGGUGAAAGAUAUCGACGCUUUUGUUGAGCAAAAUUUGCGACAAUUUAACCACAAAUCGCAAGAAUUAGUGUCAAAAGCGGCAAAUUAUAGCCAUUUUGCGGAUACAAUGGCCAUAGAGUUUGGCCGACAAGUGACUGAAUUGAGGCAAUUUGUCGAUGAAAUCAAUAGAUAUCACAAAACUAAUGGUGAGAUUCUGGAGGAAAAAGUACGACAAACGCAACGAGAAUCACAGGAACGGCACCAGAAUCUGAGCGCAGAAUAUUCUGCACUACAAAAUACGUGCGAUAUUCUUGUCCAACAAAAUAUCGCACUUAAAUCACUGAUUGACCACAUCCACGACCUGUGCAACAUUGACACCGUAUACGACGUGAACAAACCGGACUCAAUCGAUACCCUGAAGCAAUUUCUCGGCGAUCUAUUCGCUCGACAGCGCCGGACGUCUACCGAAGCGGACGAACUGCGGACCCGACUGUCCACCGAAGAGGACUGUCUGCUCGAUCUGACCGAACUGUUGGCCGAGUGCGAGCUCGAGCUCGAGCUGCUCGGCCGCACACCAGACACUAUACAGCGUAUUGUAGAAAAAUUUACCGACAGGUUUGACGCCGUGUACAAUAGACGACAGGCGCAGUACUCGGCGUAUUUUGAUUCGCUAAAAAGGGCCCGGUUCGAUGACCCGGAUGCUGACUGA